UAAGACACUAAUUGGGCAGCUGCAGAAACACAGCCAAUAGGAAACACAUCGCACCAAGGACAUACAGGGAAAUUAGGCCAGAUGAGUUUAGCUCAAAAUACAUAAAAACUGGAGGCUGUUCACAGCAAAUAACGAUGCUUUAAAAUAGCCUUAAAACUAGCUCAAGCGGAAGAGGAUAUUUUCUGCCGUGCUUACGGUUGUAUGGAUCAGGAAUACAGCAGCAGAAUUACAUCAACUGAACCAGUACCAGGACUCUGCCUUUUUUGAUUCAAGGAUAACUGUAACAAUGAUCUAUCUGUUCUCUGUGAGUGAGAUCAUUACAAUUAUGCCUUUUCCCCUAGGACCUGCAGCAAAGACUACAAAGGAGACUGGUUUCAGAGAAACUAAAAACUAACUUUCAUCACUGCGCCAGCCUAAAAUUAAACGUGACCAAAUUUCCUACAGCAUGUCUGUGCUGUCCAGCAAUCAUUCAGCCUUAUCACAAGAAACCCACAGCACUUACAGUACUGGAACAACUUCUGAAUCAAGGAUGCCACCUGUAUAUGAAGAGUCAGUCUGUGAGAGUCUCUCUUCUAAACCUGGAAUGGAAACCUACCUUGUGUCAGAAUUCCCAGAAGAGGAUAAAGAAUCCAUUUACAAAAAUCCAUUUACAGUUCCUCCAGAUAUUGAUAUUUUUGCAAUAAGGAACAAGGAAAGAAAAAAGGCAAAGGAGGAACGUGAAAAGAUGAAGACCAUGAAAAUUCAUGAGAAAAUGACUUACUCUGCUAAAAACAAGGCAAAGGAAAAAGGGUUUAGGAAAGCUUUGCAAAAGGAAGAGGAAGAAGAAAACAGAAAACAGGCAACAGAUGAAGAGAGACUGAAAGCUCUUCAGGAGUGUCUUUCAUGGAAGAUAGCCAUUAAAAAAGAUUAUCCACUAGAAAAAGAAACUUUCCGUGACUACAUAAAUGACAGAAGAGAGAUAUUUUUACUUGAGUAUGCCAUAGCAGUGAAGAGAGAAGAGAUUCAAAAGUUGGAGAACAUAGCAAAGAAAGAGGAAAGAAAACUGGAAAAGGCUGAAAACAACCUGGAGAAGGAUAUUGCCGUGUUUGAUGAGUUCCUGAAGGAGAACCAUAAAAGCUCCAUUCAAGCCCUGAAAAUUGCUGAAAAAGAAUCUGCAGUGAAAGCAAAGAAAAUAGUAGAGAUCCACGCAAUUAGUUCCCAAAUAAUGAGCCUCCAAAGUGAUAUAACCAGAUUUGAGAAUUCUCUGCGAGAGUACAAGAUGUACAGAGACUUCCUCUAUCAGCUAUCUCCAAAAGAAUGGCAGGAGGAAUAUGAAAAAAAGCGUGAAAAGAAGUUGAAAACAGCAUCCAAAGCUGACAGAGGAAGUGCCUCGGAGAAGGACCAGGGUCUGACCAUUGGGAUGAGUAUAAGUGGUAUAGAUGUGCCAAUUUCUCUGCCGUCUGCAGAAAGUUUGAACACAAGUUUAUCAUCUGGGACCAGACCAUGGCUCAGAAGCCUCCUGAAACCUCUCACAACAGAAAAUCCAAAUUCAUCGGAGGAUCAAGAGGCUGAAGCCUGCUCGGAUGAAGAUGAGGAGCCUGAGCUGUAUUUUACUGACCCCCAACAACUGCUGUCUAUUUUAACGGAAAUGGAGGAACAGAAUUUCUCCUACCUCUGUAAUUUCCAGGAGACAGAGAAAGAAAUGAAUGAGUUUCAACACAUCUUCAUCGACACACAAAAAAGGAAGGAUCGUGAGAGAACGCAGCAGAAAGAAGUUUUGCUCACCUUGAAAUCCACUGUCACCAAAUUGGAAGAGAGAGCAGCAGACCUGAAGCUCAGAGUUGAAGACUUUUCCUCAGAACGUGAAGCUGAUGUCCAGGAUAAAAUGCUUGCAAGCUUGAGAAAAAAAGUGCGGGAGAUCUAUGGUCAGUGCAUUGGAGAAAGCAGGGAAGGCAUGGAGACAGUGGAGAUGCUGGCAGCAAUAGAAAAAAAGCUCAUUGAGUUACUGGACAACCUGGAAAGAAUUCCACCUGCAAAGAUAGCAGAGAUUGAAAAAGCCAAGAAAAAAGAACAGAGAAUGAGGCUGAGAGAGGAAAAGGAACAACAGCAGAAGCAGCUGCAGGAGGAGAAACUGCAACGGGCCCUGGAGAGAGCACAGGCAAUCAUACAGAAAAAGACUGGCAGAAGGCUGAUGUUCCGUUCCAGCCCACCUGCCAGGAAGGAAAAGAAAAAGCACAACCAAGAACAAAGGGAUAAAGACAAAGAAGAAAUACUGUACUAUUUCACUUGACAGCACAGCUUUUACUACUUAACAUAGGGUUGAUAGCACUCUAGAAAAAGGUUUCUGUAGCUCCAGCCUGAGCUUAAGCUAUUUGCAGUGUGAGAACAUCAUGAACUUCACGAAACCCCUCCUACCUCUGCAAGACCCAAAGGAAAGGAGCGUCAGGCAACCACUCAUUGUUUUUCUUAACUACGGAAAUAAAAUAAAUGCUCUUAAUUUGCUCCUUUGGCUCCUGCUAGCAAUGCUUUUCUCAUUCAGUUGUUGAUGCAAAUAGCUCUAUCCCUAAAAACCUGACCAACGUCCUGGGUAACAAUUUUGCCAUGGCCCAACUAAGCCAAGCACUUACCAUUUAUCAUAACCACAGAUCAGGUGAACAGCUAUAAAAUGAAGUCUCUGCCUUAAUCUGAAGGAUGGAUUGGUGGACUCCACUCUGCUACUGUGAAGAUACAAACAAAGGAGGAAAAAACCAAACAAGCCAAACAGAAACAAAGCCGUUGACCAUUAACUUUAUGUCAGGUGCAACCAUAUAAAGAACAAUACCCAGUGACAAGCUGACCAUAAAAAAAAAAGCUUUAUUAACCCUUUUGCACCAGUAGUUCUUCAGGCAUCCAUUGCCAGCAAUGGACUUCAAGCCAAGUGAUCCAUUUGUCGGCCCCAAGAGGUUAGCACUUUACAUUCAUUUACAAAGCUGAGUGAGGUACAUUUUCAGAAGUAGAAAGAUUAAGUUGCAAGUCCCAUAAAAAGAUGGAGUGUUCCUUGGCCACUGUAUUAGAUUAAGAACUGGUAUGGUCCUUGAGAACAGAAUAACACAGGCGUUGGCAGCUUGAGGAGUCUCAACUUUUAGAGAUGGAGCACGGUGAGCACUGAGCAACAAUCACUUGUCCCUUCAGCAUGAUUCCUCCUCAACCUUCCUACCUUUCAGGAGAGGAUUCUAUGUUGUGGUCACAGCCAUCAAGUAAAUGAUCUCCCCUACCAGCAAGUUUGGUUUGGAAACCCCACCUGAGAGGGUAACAAGAAUCCCUGGGCAUAAGCUGUAAACUCAGGAUGAAAGGAACAGAGACACCUCAGUGCUCAGAUACUUAAACAAAAGAUAGAAAAAUAAAACUGGUUCAACCAGAGGAUAAAAUACUGUCCAGGAACUGGGAUCUGAAGUUGGAUGUAACCUGCAUACUUUUUUUUUUUUUU